GGUCGGAAGUGGGGCUUUUUUUUUUUUUGCGUAGCGGUGUCCAUGGAGACGGAAGAUGGCACCUCGGCAUCGUCAACUUUCCUCUACACCUCUAGAAAUUCUGCUGUUCCUCAAUGGCUGGUAUUAUGCCACAUACUUUUUGCUGGAGAUUUUCAUAUUUGUCUAUAAAGGUAUCUUGUUGCCUUAUCCAUCUGCUAAUCUUGCUUUGGACCUGAUUAUGCUUUUUCUCUAUCUUGGAAUUGAAGUCACAAGGAUAUUUUUUGGCUCCAAAGGUAACCUUUGCCAGCGAAAAGUGCCACUUGCUAUCAGCCUGGCACUAACCUUUCCAGCAGCAGUGAUGGCAGCCUAUUACCUACUUUUGCAGACCUACGCCUUGCGUUUGGAAGCCAUUCUGAAUGCCAUCCUGCUUUUCUUCUAUGCAGUUGAGCUAUUACUGGGCAUUCUAACAUUAGCCUCCUUUUCCAGUUUGGAUUCAUAUUGAGAAUCUGUGGAUUGCACUAUGUGAAACACUUUGUGAUUAAGGGAAGUUGCAUGAAACCAUUUCCAUGCCUAGCCCAGGAUGAAAUUGGCAAGCUGGUUUCUUGGACAAGAUGAAAGAAGAUAUAGUUCCAGUCUUUGCUUCAGGCAUGCUGAGGUACUGCCCUGAGAGUAGAGUUUCCAAUCCUAGACUGGAUGGUCUAAGCACGUCCUAAUCAUCUUCCUUGUAUCCCAUCUUAGAGCAUAACAAUUGACCCACUUGGACUUGACGGUAUUCAAGACUGAUUUUUGCAGGUCUCAAGACUGUGUAUCUGGGAACUUCAGCCACUGCAUAGAUUUUGCCUGCAAGUGUUGUACACUUCAGAUUCUUAAAAUGGAAACAUUCUGACACUGACUCAAGUCUUUACCCUGUGUACAAUGACUCUUGUUAGGAUGCCUUUGUCAAUUCUAUUUGUUACAGCCAAUGUCCUGCUCUUAAGAGGGAUGUCCAUUCCCUAGAAAUCAGUAUUGUUAUUGUAGUGUAUUGGUAAUUUGUGAUUGAUACUUGAUUUUUUUCUACAAUACCCUUGACAUAAAUA